GAGCAUAAGCCAGUCAGUCAGCGGGCUGUGGCAGACGUGAUACAAAGUUCAAAAAAUACUUUUAACUUAUUAUUAUAUCAAAUAAAUACACAAAUAUGAGGGAAAUUGUGCAUGUGCAGGCUGGACAGUGCGGUAACCAGAUUGGCGCUAAAUUCUGGGAGAUAAUAUCUGAGGAGCACGGCAUCGACCCGACUGGCGUGUACCGCGGGACCAGUGAUCUGCAACUGGAACGCAUCUCCGUAUAUUACAAUGAGGCCUCUGUUGCGACGAAGGAGAGCGGCGGCAAGUACGUCCCCCGCGCCAUCCUGCUCGACCUCGAGCCCGGCACGAUGGACGCGGUGCGCUCCGGCGGCUACGGGCAGCUCUUCCGCCCCGACAACUUCGUGUUCGGCCAGUCCGGCGCCGGCAACAACUGGGCCAAGGGACACUACACCGAGGGGGCCGAGCUCGUGGACGCCGUCUUAGACGUCGUCCGCAAGGAGUGCGAGAACUGCGACUGCCUCCAAGGAUUCCAGCUCACGCACUCCCUCGGCGGCGGUACCGGCUCCGGCAUGGGAACGCUCCUUAUCUCCAAGAUCAGGGAAGAGUAUCCGGACAGAAUUAUGAACACGUACUCUGUCGUUCCCUCCCCUAAAGUCUCCGACACUGUCGUCGAACCCUACAACGCAGUACUGUCCAUCCACCAGCUAGUCGAAAACACAGAUGAAACUUACUGCAUAGACAACGAAGCUCUCUACGACAUCUGCUACAGAACCCUCAAAGUGCCCAACCCAACAUACGGAGAUCUGAAUCACUUGGUAUCGCUCACUAUGUCCGGAGUCACGACUUGCCUCAGGUUCCCCGGUCAGCUGAAUGCGGAUCUCCGCAAACUGGCCGUGAACAUGGUGCCGUUCCCACGUCUCCACUUCUUCAUGCCCGGUUUCGCCCCGCUGACGUCUCGUGGCAGCCAGCAAUACCGUGCACUCACCGUGCCCGAACUCACGCAACAGAUGUUCGACGCUAAGAACAUGAUGGCGGCUUGCGACCCACGUCACGGCCGUUACCUCACCGUCGCCGCCAUCUUCCGUGGUCGCAUGUCCAUGAAGGAAGUCGACGAGCAGAUGCUGUCCAUUCAAAAUAAAAACAGCAGCUUCUUCGUUGAAUGGAUCCCGAACAACGUUAAGACUGCCGUGUGCGACAUUCCCCCCAAAGGCCUCAAAAUGUCCUCUACGUUCAUCGGUAACACGACAGCCAUCCAGGAGUUGUUCAAGAGAAUAUCGGAGCAGUUCACGGCUAUGUUCAGACGCAAAGCGUUCUUGCAUUGGUACACCGGCGAGGGCAUGGACGAGAUGGAGUUCAACGAGGCGGAGAGCAACGUCAACGACCUGGUCUCCGAGUACCAGCAGUACCAGGAGGCGACCGCCGAAGACGACACGGAAUUCGACCAGGAAGAUAUGGAAGAGCUCGCUCAGGACGAGCACCACGACUGAUUCGAAAGGCUGGAGAUCCUUAUAAUCAAACUCAAAUAUUCUAUUUUAUAUAUUUCCAACGAAAUUAGAGGCUAAGUCGAGUGCAUUUUCAAAAAGUACCAAAGUGUCUUUACGCUGACAGAUCAGAUCAAAAGCUAAUCUCGCACCGCACUGCAGCCCGUCACCGCGCUGGUGACCGGUCGUCGGAGUGCAAUUAUAUUUUAUUAUAUUGAAUAGUAUUAUUAUUCGAAGUCUGUUUUGUAUUCGAUAAACGAUAGGAACGUACCAAUCCGUGCAUUUCUUACUAUAAGUUAUAUUGUCUUGUAUGCUUUUAUAUAUUAAUUUAUAAAUAAAUGUUUUAAACAAUA